CCCCGCGGCUCGAGAGGGCGGGGGCGGCCACGAGGGAGAGCACUUACCAUCCGGUUGCCUAAGAGGCCAGGUGAGGAGGGAGCAGAAGGCGAAGCUGACAAUGAGGCGGGGGAUGAUGUUCAGGGGACCCCUGCGGCUGAAGGCGGUGAAGAGGGAGGAGAGAGGCCGGAGCCGGUUGGAGGUGGCAAACCAUUCAGGAGGAUAAACGGGAAAGUAUAUAUCAUCGAUGGGGAUGAGUAUGUUACGGAGGACGAUCCGAAGGGAGACACGAAGAUAGAUAAGAACGGUAACCUGUUGGGAGGGCGCCGGUUCAAGGCUCAGACCUUUACCCUGCCCAAUAGACACCCAGAACGGCAGUAUAUGCUGGCUAUUGAUGCUGCUCGUACAUCCGGCUUCAAGGACUCAUUGUACUACUUCCGUCGAAAUCCCCUCACUUUCAAGCUCAACGCCACGCAACCAGAGAAAGAUUACUUGAUAGAGCAGGGGAAGUUGGGGUCUCACCUGCGUACUCGCAGUGUGACUUUGAUCACCGCAAGAAGUGCCUAUAAGUUACACGGCGCGAAGAUGAUCAUCGACGGACGCUGGGUGGUGGACGACUACUACGAAGAUAAGGUUCUAGAAGAGAUUACUGCCAAGGGGCUCAAACCAGGGGACCUGGUUGGUGACCUACAAGAGCCCCAUGCUGAAUCAAAGGACAUGCUCGCCGUCGCCGACCGCGUAACGAAAUCCGACCGCCCUGGCGGUGGCCCGAGCAUGUACCGCCCCGGCGGGCCCACGACCAUCUUUGGCGGUUCCGGAUGGGGCCCGUUCAGCGAGGGCCCUCUCAAUGCCGUGAAGAAGUCGAUGCUGAGCCGUGAUGGCGUGACCGAAGAAAACUUCAUGUUCGUAGCAGCACAGCGGACGAUGGAGGCCAGCCGGGACUGGGCGAAGCUGAGGAGGAAUGUACUGAUGCCGUGUGGCGGCAUCCUGGGCGAGAUUGGUGGGGGUGGUGAUGAAGAGCAAGGGACGGCUGGGGGAGAGCGGCCAAGAAAGAAACGGAAGAGAAUCGAGGAUGAUCUGCCGCUCGGCGUGUACGAGCCCCAUUCCGGUGUAGUGCUCUAUCGGACGGACACUCAGCCGACAAGGAGUCGCUGGGAGGCGAUGCCCGAAACGGAACAAAAGAAGUCGGUGUUGGGAGGCACCAAAACGGGCAACGGAGCGUGGGCGCUUGCUUGGGUAGACACGGUUAUGGAGGUUCCCCCGGAGCGACCAGAAUCAGGGCCCCCUAUAGACUCAACCUGAGGCUGGGAUCAAAGUUGCGAUGUUCUGCAUAUUUGGUAUGAUAUCUCUUCCGUAAUCUGACGUCUCGUGGCCAC